CACAGGACGAAGCUCCCCGGGGGAGCCAAGUAUCCUGGUCCCUCAAGAGGACGAGGUCCCCCUAGGGAGGGAGUGGGACUGGAGACCCCGGCAGACCCCUGCUCCCAGGCACACCUCCAUGGGUUCCUUGUGUCAAGCUAACCCCGCCUGCCUGUGGCCCCCGCCAGGAUGGACUGACCCCGGCAGCCUGGCAGAAGGAGGAGCCACGCCUCAAGGUGCUGAUCUUGGCCUGAGGGAGCCCAAGAGCGGUCUCCCUGCCCCAGGGAAUCUCGAGCCCAGGGAGGGGGCCGCCCCCUGAGCCAGGGGAGGAAGGCUUUCCUCUCCCUCGACCACUCUGCAUCUCCCAUGUGGCCCAGCACGCUGCUGACAUGAACGUCUCCGUCGCCCCCGCCGUGAGCCCCAACAUCACUGUCCUGGAGCCGGUGAAGGGCCCGUGGCAGGUGGCCUUCAUCAUCCUCACCACGGGCCUGCUGUCGCUGGCCACCGUGACCGGCAACCUGCUGGUGCUGAUAUCCUUCAAGGUCAACAGUGAGCUUAAGACUGUCAACAACUACUUUCUCCUCAGCCUGGCGUGCGCCGACCUCAUCAUCGGCGUCGUCUCCAUGAACCUCUACACCACCUACCUGAUCAUGGGGCACUGGGCCCUCGGCACGCUGGCCUGUGACCUCUGGCUGGCCCUGGACUACGUGGCUAGCAACGCCUCGGUCAUGAACCUGCUGCUCAUCAGCUUUGACCGCUACUUCUCCGUCACGAGGCCGCUCAGCUACCGCGCCAAGAGGACCCCUCGGCGAGCUGCGCUGAUGAUCGGCCUGGCCUGGCUGGUGUCCUUCGUGCUCUGGGCCCCGGCCAUUCUCUUCUGGCAGUACCUGGUGGGCAAGCGGACCGUGAAGGCGGGCCAGUGCUACAUUCAGUUCCUCUCCGAGCCCAUCAUCACCUUCGGGACGGCCAUGGCUGCCUUCUACCUCCCCGUCACCGUCAUGUGCGUGCUUUACUGGCGCAUCUACCGUGAGACUGAGAACAGGGCCAGGGAGCUGGCCGCGCUGCAGGGCUCCGAGACACCAGGGAAGGGGGUAGGCGGAGGCAGCAGUAGCAGCUCGGAGCGUUCCCAGCCAGGCCCCGACGGUUCCCCUGACGUGCCCACGAGGCGCUGCUGCUGUUGUUGGGGACCCCGGCUCCUUCCUUCCUACAGCUGGAAGGAAGACGAAGAAGAGGAGGAGGACGAAGGCUACCUGGAGUCUCUGACGUCCUCUGAGGGAGAGGAGGCAGGCUUCGAGGUGGUCAUCAAGAUGCCCAUGGUGGGGCCAGAAGCCCAGGCUCCAGCCAAGCCACCCCCUCGGGCGUCCCCGCAGACAGUGAAGCGCCCCACCAAGAAGACCCGCGAGCGGGCGAGCAAGGAGCCGAAGAAGAAAGGAAAGGAGCAGCUAAGCAAGCGCAAGACCUUCUCGCUGGUCAAAGAGAAGAAGGCGGCCAGGACACUGAGCGCCAUCCUGCUAGCCUUCAUCCUCACCUGGACCCCGUACAACAUCAUGGUGCUGGUGUCCACCUUCUGCAAUGACUGCGUGCCCGAGACCCUGUGGGAGCUGGGCUACUGGCUCUGCUAUGUCAACAGCACGGUCAAUCCCAUGUGCUACGCGCUCUGCAACAAAGCCUUCCGCGACACCUUCCGCCUGCUGCUGCUUUGCCGCUGGGACAAGAGACGUUGGCGGAAGAUCCCAAAGCGCCCUGGCUCUGUGCACCGCACGCCAUCUCGGCAGUGUUGAUGCUGAGCCAAGUCCGGACCAGCCUAGCCCCGCCACGCCUAUACUCGUGCGUUCACACACACGCACGCACGCACGCACACAGCAGCUUCCAAAUGUAAGAGAGCUGCCCCAUCACCCGUCCAUCCCCCAGCAAUUCCAUUCAACAAGUACUUACCAAGCACCUACUGUGUGCAGUAUGCCUUGUGUGGCGCUGGGGCUACCAAGACAAAAUGUAACUAUACAUGCCCUCAAGGAACUUACAGUCUAACAGGGGAGAUGCCACACGAACACGACUGAUCACGAUACAGCGAUGAUCCAUAUUGAACGUGAUAGGGGCGAAGGAGAAAUCCAGACUAAACAAUCUCAGAGUACUCUAGAAGGAAGGCUGUGUUUGCAGCUAGGAGAAUCCAGAAGGCUUCCUGGGAGAGGUGGCAUCGGCGUUGGGCCAUAAAGGCAGAGACUUUAGUAAGCAGAGAAAGAUGGAGGAACGUUGGUCCUCUUCCAGGGAGACAAGAGCCCUGCUCUCUUCCCGGCUCUUGUCGAUCCCAAGAAGAGGGAAGGACCAGGGAAACAGGUUUUUCUGCUUUCCAGUUGGAAGGAAUGGGCCCUGCACCAGGAAGAAGCUGCGGGAGGAGGAUCUGGGCCUUGUUUGUCGAAGGCCUGAGCAAGAAUAACGGAGGGAAGAAAUCAAGUUUGUGGUUAGCACUUACUAAGAACGGUGUCCCGAGUCCAACACUUGGGCUUUGGCUUUGGAGGGGCGCGACCUCUGGUGGCCACAGAGGAGAACUGACCCUAUAGAGGAGAGACUUCAGAUGGUUCCUGGAACAUCUUGGAAGUGGGCUUUGAGAAUGGGAUGGGUAGAGAACUCCAGCAAAGCAGGUGUGGCCCCACCCUGUGAGGUCCGACCACUGGGCAGCCUUCCCCAGCUCCCAACCUCUGCUGAUGCCCAGCUGAUCCCCACCCCGACCCCAGAAUAAAGCCCAGCCUGGGUCAGGAAAGGAAAAGGAGAAGGAGGGGUGCCAAUGGACAGAAGGAGAAUUGCUUUGUAGUCCUCGCAUGGGAUCAAGACAAAUCCUUGGCUGACUUCGGGGCCUUCUCUCCCCACCCUGAGGUCUUCCCUGAGGUCUUCAAGGGAAGGCUCUUCACUCUGCAGAUAUUGAUGCCUAAGGACAAAAUCUCUCGCAUGCUGCCCUUGCCGUCUGUGCUGUGAGGCCUUGCUUUCCACUCUGCCUCCCCUACCCCACCCCCAGUAACACUCACAUACACACACUCAGGUCUGGGCUCUCCGGCCAGGCACCUAACACGUGUGUAUGCCCACAAACCCAGUGUUCCACGCAUGGCCAUCCAGCCCCCAGCCCUUCCCCUGCCCGGACCCAUCUUGGCCCUGAAUGUUUGUGUUCUUCCAGUCUUUGGUGAGAGAUACAUGUAAAUAAAGAAACAAACAGCA